AUGUGUGUUGCAAGGCUUAAUCUCUCCAAUGACGACUAUAAGGAAUGCAUGAUCUUUUCUGUAGAGCUUCUUCAGGAUCUUUGUCUAUUGUUCGAACGAUCUCAGUUCACUCAUCCUGAACUGUUCAUAGCGGCGGAAAACGUGGACUAUUUCGAGGUGGUCUGUGACGACUUUAUUGCAACGAAGCAUCAUGCUGGUGACGAAUCACCACUCCACGGUGUCGACGGUGUUCCGCUGGAAGAGUUUGUCGACAUGCAAAGCGUCGUGGACGAUCAUGUGCCGUCGUCGAACCUGGCUGAUAUCAGGGAAGUUUCGAAAGCUAUCCAUCUGUCUACUCCUUCGUCUCGUUCACCUGAUCAGUGGAAUGACGUUUAUGAGGAUGAAUUCGAAGUUGAAGACACAGUCGCCGAUGACACUGAUAAUGUUAUGAACAGAGGGCACACGUUGGUGAAAGCAAAACUAACGUCGGAAUGCCGAAGAUCUGGAAUUACGGUGUGUCUAGAAUUCGCCUCUCCCACAUCAGGAUCGCUUUACGUGAAGGACAACUUCGGGACAUGUCGUUUGGAGUUCGAGAAUGCCACGUAUGCCGAGUUGCAUAUUCCGUUCCCAAGGAGUGAUGACCCUGAUCCACGAUGCCCGGGCAUGGAAAUCGCGCCGUCAUUUUGGUCGUUCUCCAUCGCUGUACAGAAAAAUGAGAUGGACUCACCGUCUUUAGUCACUUCCACUAAUCGCUUCUUCAACGUCACUUGCGACUUUACGGACAUGUUGUCAAGGGAAAGAGAUUAUGGACUUACUACGGGUGAUGAUGAUGGCGGUGAGAUUCAAUCAGGGCGGAUACAAAUGCAGAUACUUCAGAAUGGACGAGCUAUCACUACAGUGCUACUCGGCGACGAAGUCACGCUUAAGUGGACACUACUGGGCAAGACUACUGGCUUGGACUACUUUGUCGACGAUUGUAUCGCUGAAAGAAUUGGAGGCGUAGCUCCCCAUCCAGAGCCGCUGAAAAUCAUACAACACGGGCAAGUCAAAGUUGAUGUAGAUGUGAAUGUAGUAUAG